UUGCUAUACCGGAAUGCCAACUCAAUUUAAAAUGGAUUAAUUUUUUUUAUCUUAAAAUGGUUCUUAUUAUUUAUUUUUUCCCUUCCAUCCUCUUCCAUGCUCAGCCGUCGUCCACACUGUACAAUGCCCCAUUGCUCCCGCCUGUUAAUGCUAUGAGGCCAUCACUGUGCCGGUGUUGCCGUCCACCGCACAGGGGGCUUGCGACCAUCUCUCUCCCUAUCCCCAACCUGCGCGACCUCCGCUUGAGGUUGCCGCCUCGAGCCCGAGGUCUCCCAACCUCGAAUCUGAGGUCGCAACCUCAGCUAGCCACAGUUUAUAAUUUAAGGAUUAUUAGUAACGCGGGAAAAAGUCGGUAUUAUGGUAGGCAUAGUUUAAAAUUUUUGCUGGUAUAUUAAUCCAAGAAAAAAGAAAUUGUAGAGUGUGUUUACCUCAAAAAUUGUUGAAGAUGUGUGUCCUCCUCUUCCGUCUCCCUUUCUUAGUGCGACUCUCUCUGCGGUGUGCGUCCUUGACUCGAAUCCCUUCGUGGUUUUUCUUCUUCUUCUUCUUCUUUGUUGUUUUGAUCUCGGUGACCCACCACGUGUCUGAGUUUCCUAGGCCCUUUUUAUACGAUGAUUUUGAGUUUAUGAUGUUUGGAGGGUGUUUAGAUUUGUGUAAUGGGAUUGAUUCUAUGGAGAUGGCUAGAAUUUGGAGGUAUUUGUAAUUGUAGUGGCUGCUAUGAUUGGCCCACCGGGUGUUCGUUAAAAUUCCCGAGAGAAAAUUGAGUUGAAUAUCUCAACGGAUAAUCAUCUUUUGUGAAUGUGUACUAGAGAUGACGACAGUGUAUUAGAGAUGAAAGUAGAGAGGAACUUGAACGAGCGGAGAAUUACAGAUUAUGUACCUGCACUGGUGUUGCACAGUGUCCUGCUUUAUCCCUGGUCUGAACUCAAUUUGUGGGAGGGCUUGUCAAGCUGUGGACCUCUGAGUCCAUGAUCAAUUUUUGUAUUGGUGUGUGAUGACCAACUGCUAGGUGGGUGCAUCAACUGUACUCUAUAUCAAGCUGUGAAUCACAUUGAACCACAAUUUUCCCAUUUGAGCAGUUUAUGCUAGUGUUGUCCAGAGAAUUCUGUGGUCUCCUAGUGAACAUGCGUGCUCCCUCGAGGGCAUAUGCUCAAAAGAAUCCUUUUUUUACUUGGUCAUCUAUCAAAACACUUUGGUAAGGAUAGUCCUCCAUACUUUUUUGGAAAAUGACUUCCACCUAUAAAAUUAGGAAGUCAUUUUCCUUAUUUUUAAGCUUGGUAUUUUCUGGUCAACUGAAGUCAUUUUUCUUUGACCUGCUUAUUUUCCCAUACCAAACACUUUGAAAAAUGGAAAAAGAAGUUUUCUAGUAAACUAUUUUCCUUCAAACAAACAGAGCCUAAGUCAAAACCAAGUUUCGUCUUUCCAAACUACCCUUUGAUCAUAGCAGAAUAUAAUUGGUCUUUCAGGACCACAUACUUCAUAAAUAAUUACCAAUUUUCAUCUAUGCAUGACUACCUAAUUAUGCACGCGUGCAUCCCCUUUAACCUUUUUUUUCUUUUCACCAAAUCCCCGUUAACCCUGGUUAACUAUACAUCCUAAAAUAAAUUUCUGUAAUUUUUUCUUCUAUUUAUUCUUUUUCUUUGUUUUUAAUUCUUUCUCUCCACCUUCUUUCUUUGAUUUCCUGUUAUAAGCUCCUUCCUUUCCUUCACCAUAGGCCAACUUCACCAUCGACACCACCUACAAUAUCAUGACCGCUCAUCUUUCAUCCGACACCAGCGAGCUUUGAUGAGUGGAAGAUUGCUACCUGCCAAUGGAGGUGACGAACAGAAGAAAUUCUUCUUCCUAAAACAGCCUAGCGACUGAAGGUGAUGGAGACUGGCAAGUGGAGGCGACGGACUACCACCACCAACCAAAGCCAUGGAAAUUGAUAACGUAGUUUCGGUGGAACGAUUCUCUCCUGAGGUUCUGGGUUUUAUGCAGCUUGCUAUAGAUCAGGCAAAGCUUGCAUUGGACAGCUUUGAAGUUCCAGUUGGCUGUGUGAUUAUUGAGGAUGGGAACGGUAUUGCGGCAGGAAGAAACCGGACUAACAAGACAUGGAAUGGGUAUAUUAAAAAAAUACUGUUAAAAAAGGUGGAGGUGGCUAAUCCAAUAAGAAGCCUCUUUUUCCUAGUGAGAUUCUCAGCAACUUCAAAGAUGGAAGCUCUUGAUGUUCUUCUUGUAUGGUGGCAGAGGACUGGAUUUUCGGCUGCAGAAGUUGCAGAGAAGUUUUCAGCAUGCUCCCUUUAUGUGACAUGUGAACCAUGCAUAAUGUGUGCAGCAGCACUAUCGAUCAUUGGUAUAAAGGAAGUAUAUUAUGGCUGUGCAAAUGAUAAAUUUGGAGGCUGUGGCUCAAUACUGUCGAUGCAUUUGAGUAGCUUCGAGGCGUGCAUUAGCUCCAAAGCAUCACAGGUCAGGUGUUACUCAGGCUUCUCGUUAGAUGUGCAUGCGUUGGUUCUUCCUGUUGAAUCCUCCCAUGGCUUUGCACAACUAGAAUUUCAUCAAGGGAGCUGUGAAAGGAAGCGUGAUGCUUGUCCAUAUCAGUUUUUGCCCGGAUGGUCAUGUGUUUACCGAGGGUUGCAGUUGUGAUUGGAAGUCUAUUUCAUGCUUUAACUUGCUUAUCAGAUUGUUAAGAUAAUUUACGGCAUAAACUUUGUAGGCAUCACUUUUUUACUGGGUUUUUGAACUGAGUUAUUCUAGGUGUGCUAUUGAUGUGUCUGAACUCCAGAGUUCCGGACUAUAUCAUGUUUCAUCCCUAAUGAUGAUAAAGAGGUCAAUGAUUUGCAUGUGUUUCGUGUAGAUCUCCUGGCAAAGAAUUGCAAUAACUGGACUUAAGGUUCCCGGUUAUACCAA